GAAUCUUUUCACACUCUUUUCUCUCUUGUGGCUAUGGCGAUUUGUUCUUCAAUUUCCUUCUAAUUGUAGCUUAAAAAAAAAAAACCCUAACAAUUCUUCUCGAAGCUUCUAGAACUUUCUAGAAACUUCCAAAUGGCUUUCUGGUGGCCGUUGAUUGUUAUCGCCAUCGCAUUUGCGAUCUGUAGAUUUUUGUUAAUGCUCAUUCCUUCUAAUGUUCCUUCUAUUGAUGUCGAUACUUCUGAUGUGUUGGACGACGGGAAUCACAUGAAAGAUAACAGCUUCAUUUAUAUUCCCUCAAGACGGCAUACGGAUAAAGUUCAGUGCUAUGAACCUGCAACAAUGAAGUACUUGGGUUAUUUCCCGGCGCUGAAACCUGAUGAGGUUAAGGAGCGGGUUGCACAGGCAAGGAAAGCUCAGAAGAUAUGGGCAAAGAGUAGCUUCAAGCAAAGACGUCUGUUUCUACGUAUACUUCUGAAGUAUAUUAUUGAACAUCAAGACCUUAUAUGCAAUAUCUCUUCACGUGAUACUGGAAAAACAAUGGUAGAUGCCUCCUUGGGAGAAAUAAUGACUACAUGUGAAAAAAUCCAUUGGCUUCUUUCAGAGGGUGAAAAGUGGCUAAAGCCUGAAUACCGUUCAUGUGGGAGAUCAAUGCUUCACAAGAUUGCAAAAGUGGAAUUUUCUCCUCUUGGUGUUGUUGGUGCUAUUGUUUCAUGGAAUUACCCAUUCCACAAUAUCUUUAAUCCAAUGUUGGCGGCAGUCUUCUCAGGGAACAGCAUUGUGAUAAAGGUCUCAGAGCAUGCCAGUUGGUCUGGGUGUUUCUAUCUGAGAAUAAUUCAAACUGCUCUUGCUGCAGUCGGAGCUCCUGAGAACUUGGUAGAAGUUAUAACAGGAUUUGCUGAAACUGGAGAAGCACUAGUAUCCUCUGUCGACAAAAUUAUAUUCGUUGGAUCACCUGGUGUGGGCAAAAUGAUCAUGCGGAGUGCUGCAGAUACACUGAUACCAGUUACCCUUGAGCUUGGUGGAAAAGACGCAUUUAUUGUCUGUGAAGAUGUUGAUGUGCCGCAUGUUGCACAAGUUGCUGCUAGAGGAGCUCUCCAAUCAAGCGGGCAGAAUUGUGCUGGUGCAGAACGUUUUUAUAUUCACAAGGACGUUUACUCUUCUUUUGUUGCUGAAGUAUCUAAAAUUGUGAAAUCAGUUAUUGCUGGUCCUCCUCUGUCCGGGAAGUAUGACAUGGGAGCCAUAUGCAUGCAAGAGCAUUCUGAAAAGCUUCAAUACCUAGUAAAUGAUGCUCUAGACAAAGGCGCUGAAAUUGUUGCUCGAGGAAGUGUAGGCAAUAUUGGCGAAGGUGCUGUUGAUCAGUACUUUCCUCCUACUGUGAUCGUAAAUGUAAAUCACACGAUGAAAUUGAUGCAGGAGGAGGCUUUUGGACCAAUAUUGUCAAUAAUGAAAUUCAGCUCUGAUGAAGAAGCUGUUCAACUUGCAAAUGAUUCAAAAUAUGGGCUUGGUUGUGCUGUAUUUUCAGGCAGUCAGCGUCGUGCUAGGCAUAUAGCUUCACAAUUACAUUGUGGAGUGGCUGCUGUCAAUGACUUUGCAUCUAAUUACAUGUGUCAGUCCCUGCCAUUUGGUGGAGUCAAAGACAGUGGAUUUGGAAGAUUUGCUGGUAUUGAAGGAUUACGAGCUUGUUGUCUUGUAAAGUCGGUUGUUGAGGACCGGUUUUGGCCUCUUAUUAAAACCAAGAUACCAAAGCCUAUUCAGUAUCCUGUUGCUGAAAACGGAUUCGAGUUCCAAGAGUCUCUGGUGGAAACUCUUUAUGGUUUGAACAUCUGGGAUCGUUUACGGGCAUUGGUGAAUGUUUUGAAACUCCUUUCAGAGCAAACCCCCACCCCCACGAGCAACAGAAGAAGAAAUGACUAAGACUACUGCUCAUCUGUUAUGCCAGAAGCUUAAAAACAAGCACUGAUAUGCAAUUUCCGUUCUCUCUAUCACGCAGUUACUUUCAGGGUUGAACUCCUACUCAUGCUCACCUUUGAUUUACUAACUGGAUAAUCAAUUUUGGUUUUGGUCAGGAUUAUUCAGAUCAAUUUGGAUUAAUUUUCUGCCCAGCUUAAUGAAAUUGUUACUCAAGGACAGCAGAUAUGUGGCUGAUACUUUAACUGUGUAUUAGCUAAUAUAGUUCGUCUGCACUAUUGUACCAACUAGUUUAUUGGCUCUGGAUGAGGCCCUUACUCCUGAAAUAUGCAUGGACAAGGGUAAGUAGUUACCCACACUCGUUUUAUGCCAUGCUACUAUCACCACUGGCGGGCUAUCUGUAUCCUCUGAUAAUGACCAUUUCUUUGUGAUAUCAUGACUUUUAUCCUUGUCAACCUUUUCAA